CCUGACUGCUGCGUUUGUCCCCUCGCGGCCUCCGUCCCCGUCCCGGUGUGGUUCCUCGGGGUCUGCCCGGCCUCUGGGGGUUCCGCCAGCGGCACCGGCCGCGGCUGAACCUGGCUGGGCCGGGCCUGGCCUGGCCUUGCCGCCAUGUUCACCAGCACCGGCUCUAACGGGCUCUAUAAAGCACCUUUGUCGAAGAGUCUGUUACUAGUCCCAAGUGCCAUCUCGAUUCUAUUGACUCUGCUCUUCCAACAUUAUCAGAAGUUCUUUGCAUAUAACCUACAAGCUAUAAAAGAGGAUUUUCAGAUUUGGAGACUUGUAUGUGGGAGAACUAUAUGUCUUGAUUUGAAAGACACAUUCUGCAGCAGUCUGCUCAUUUACAACUUUAGAAUAUUUGAGAGAAGAUAUGGCAGCAGAAAAUUUUCAUCCUUUUUACUGGGUGCUUGGAUGCUCUCUGCUUUGUUUGAUCUUCUUCUUGUAGAAGUCACUCAGUAUAUAUUUGGCAUCACCAUCAACAGCUUGCCUUCUGGUUUCUUGGGUCCUGUAUUUGCACUGUUUGUACCAUUUUAUUCCUCCAUUCCAAGAGUGCAGGUAACACAAGUAUUAGGCUACUUUUCCAUCACAAACAAGACACUGGUCUACAUACUGGGUUUACAGCUCUUAACCUCUGGUUCCUACAUCUGGAUUUUAGCCUUAAGUGGACUGGUUUCUGGGAUUUGUUACAAUAGCAGUAUAUUAAAAGUUCAUCGAAUUCUUUGUGUGCCCAGCUGGGUAGCAAAGAUAUUUUCUUGGACUCUUGAACCAAUCUUCUCAUCUGCGGAACCAACAAAUGAAGUUCGUGUGGGAAUGGGAGCAACAGUUGACAUCCAGAGGCAGCAGAGAAUGGAGUUACUGGAUCGUCAAAUCAUGAUGUCUCAAGUUGCCCAAAUGAGGAGGCAAAGGCAGCAGCAGGGUGGGAUGAUUAACUGGAAUAGACUGUUUCCUCCUUUGCGACAUAGACAUAAUGCAAAUUACCAAGAUCAUCGCCCGUCUGAACAAGAGACGCCUCCACCUACUGAGGUUUCUGAAGAGCAGGUUGCACGACUUAUGGAAAUGGGAUUUUCUAGGGGAGAUGCUCUAGAAGCCCUGAGGGCUUCAAAUAAUGACUUAAAUGUAGCCACUAAUUUUCUGCUGCAGCACUGAUGGUUUUUCGUGCGAAGGAACUUCCCUCGAAGGGUUUGUACACAUCUGGAAGAGAAUCAAAGCCACCUGCUGGACAGACUCGCGAAGGUCGUCCCUGCACAAACGUUGGAGAAGAGAAACUGGCUCCGCGUGACUGGUGAUUCAAAGCAGUGCUAAUGAAUGACAUGAACUGUUCCCAAGCCUUCAGAUCACUCGGUGGUUUCUAGUCUGGUUGUGCUCUUCAAAGUAACGUUAGUUUCUAAUUAUUACUGGAUAUCACCUAAAUUUAUUUUUGAAAGAAAGUAGGUGGGUUUUUUUGUGUAAA